AUGAAUCCAAGAAACCACCUUGUUUUCUUGAUGAUUUCCUUCUUCACCUUCACAUUACUCCGAUCACCGCUGGUAUCAUCUCAAGAUAUCUCCUUCCACUUUUCAUCUCUAUCUCUUCGUAACCUCACUCUCCUCGGCGAUUCCUACCUCCGGAACGGCAUCAUCGGACUCACUCGUGAAUCCGGCGUCCCUUCUUCCUCCUCCGGCACCGUCAUCUACAACACCCCAAUUCCAUUCUUCGAUCGGGCCACCAAUUCCACCGCCUCUUUCUCCACCAGAUUCUCCUUCACCGUCAAUAAUGUCAACCGUGAGUCGUCGUCGUUCGGCGACGGACUAUCGUUCUUCCUUUCACCCGACGACCAAACUCUCGGAUCCCCAGGUGGGUAUUUGGGUCUCGUUAAUUCCUCACAGUUAACGAAAAACAAGUUCAUCGCAAUCGAAUUCGAUACCCGACUUGAUUUACACUUCAAUGAUCCGAAUGAUAACCAUAUCGGGUUGGAUAUCGAUAGUUUGACUUCAAUCGAAACAGCCGAUUGUACUUCCAUCGGAAUUGAUUUAAAAAGCGAAAGCUUGAUUACAGCCUGGAUUGAUUACUGGAAUGACGGAAAGAAUCUCAAAGUGUUCUUGAGCGAUUCGGGUUACAAACCCACCAACCCGCUUUUAGAUGUGGAUACGGAUCUUUCCGGGUAUUUUCAAGAAGAAAUGUAUCUGGGUUUUUCAGCAUCAACAGAAGGAAGCACAGAAACCCAUUUUAUCGAGAAUUGGAGCUUCACAUCAUUUGGGAUCCGACAUCCUAACCCGAGAAUCAAGAAUCCUUACAAUGUGACAGAUAACACAGUUUCCAAGAAUCCAUCAAUUGGGGUUCCUGAAGAUGAUCAUAACAAAAAUCAUCAUAAAAAGAUCGGAUUAGCGAUCGGAAUCUUGGGUCCGGUGUUCUUCUGUGGUGUUCUUGUGGUUUUUGGGUACAUUUCUUUCAAGAAAUGGAAGGGGAUUAAAACAGAUAUGAACAUUCAAGCAGAGCUUUUAACAGGUCCCAAACAGUUCAGUUACAAAGAGCUUAAAACCGCCACAAAUGGGUUCCAUUCGAGUCGGAUCAUCGGUCAUGGUGCUUUCGGAUCGGUUUACAAGGCGUAUCUGGCGUCAUCCGGCACUACGGCGGCCGUGAAACGAUCGAAGCAUUCUCACGAAGGAAAGACAGAGUUUUUAGCAGAGUUAUCGAUCAUUGCGUGCCUGCGGCACAAGAAUCUUGUUCCGCUUCAAGGAUGGUGUGUCGAGAAGGGCGAAUUGUUGCUCGUUUACGAGUUUAUGCCUUACGGAAGUAUCGAUAAGGUGUUGUAUCAGGAUUCCGAGCAUUGGAGUUUCUUGCAAUGGAGCCAUCGAUACAAUAUCGCAACUGGGUUAGCUUCGGUUUUGACGUACCUUCAUCAAGAAUGUGAGCAACAGGUGAUUCAUAGAGACAUAAAAGCCAGCAACGUGAUGCUUGAUGCGAAUUUCAAAGCUCGGUUAGGUGAUUUCGGGCUAGCUCGGCUCAUGGACCACGAUAAAAGUCCGGUUUCGACACUAACGGCUGGAACCAUGGGGUAUUUAGCCCCUGAGUACCUUCAGUACGGCAAGGCCACCGAUAAAACCGACGUUUUCAGCUAUGGCGUGGUGGUGUUGGAAGUGUGUUGCGGCCGGAGGCCGAUCGAGAGGGAAUCGGAAGGUCAAAAGAUGAUCAAUUUGGUUGAUUGGGUGUGGGAGUUGCACUCAAAAGGCGCGAUAUGCGAUGCGGUGGAUAAACGCCUUAAUAACGAGUUUGACCGGGAGGAGGUUCGGAAGCUUUUGGCGGUCGGGUUGAGUUGUGCGAAUCCCGAUAGCGAGAAGAGGCCGUCGAUGAGGAGAGUGUUUCAGAUUUUGAACAACGAGGCCGAGGAAAUCAAGGUGCCGAAAGUGAAACCAAUGCUGAGUUUUUCGAGUAGUUUGCCGUUGAGUCUCGAGGAUAUUGUCUCUUCUUCCGAUGGUGAAGAAGAAGAAGAUGCGAGUCGUAUGGUGCCAGAGAUAAGCAUCGAUCGAUCGAUCGCCCGCGCAUCGAUCUAGGGUUUUUUUGGAUAUUAUGUUGGUCGUUCGAUUUAUGCCUUUGUUGCAACGUGUAUAUAAUAUUUGUUAUACAU